CCGUCCCCACACUCGGCCUACGGAUCUUUCAGGUCCUUCACGCAGCCCCUUCAACCUUGCCAUGGCCUCUGCUGGUCUGCAGAUCCUGGGAAUUGUCCUAGCUUUGCUGGGCUGGGUAAAGGCUCUGAUUUCCUGCACCCUGCCCCUGUGGAAGGUGACCGCUUUCAUCGGCAACAGCAUCGUGGUGGCCCAGGUGGUGUGGGAGGGGCUGUGGAUGUCCUGCGUGGUGCAGAGCACUGGCCAGAUGCAGUGCAAGGUGUAUGACUCGCUGCUGGCACUGCCCCAGGACCUGCAGGCUGCACGUGCCCUCUGUGUCAUCACCCUCCUUUUGGCUCUGGUCGGCCUGCUGGUCUACCUUGCUGGGGCCAAGUGCACCACCUGUGUGGAGGACCAGGAUUCCAAGGCUCGCCUGGUGCUCACUUCUGGGAUCAUCUUUGUCAUCUCAGGGGUUCUAACCUUGAUCCCAGUCUGCUGGACAGCCCACACCAUCAUCCAGGACUUCUACAACCCCCUGGUGGCUGAGGCCCAGAAGAGAGAGCUGGGGGCUUCCCUGUAUUUGGGCUGGGCAGCCUGUGGCCUUCUGAUGCUGGGUGGGGGACUGCUGUGCUGCACCUGCCCCUCUGGAGAGGCCCGGAGCUCCAGCCAUUACAUGGCCCGAUAUUCAGCAUCUGCCCCGCAUUCCCCCUCUCGGGGACCCUCUGAGUACCCCACCAAGAAUUACGUUUGAUGCUAGCAGGGGAAUGAGGCUCCAUUAACCAGGGAGCCUUGGCCCCUGAGCUGGAGCCAUUGAGAAGUGGUGAUGCCUGACAGCUUUGGGUUUGGUUCUUGUUUUUUGCUUUUUUUU